AUGUCAUCAGAUGAAAGUUAUCUAACAAAUGGUUAUCUUGAAAGUAUAAUUAUAGAAGGAAUCCCUGGUAUGAAACCGCUCCAACUUCAAGAUUUUCCGUAUACUCGAACAAUAGAUCCAGAUGACUUUGCAUUCAACUUUGUAAUGCGAGCUGCUGAGACUUCUGUUAAGGCUCAUGCAAUUGCUAUUCAUACUAUUGAUGCAUUGGAGCAAGAUGUUUUGGAUGGCCUUCCCACUAUAUUUCCUCGUGUUCUAUGGAAAGAGGAAGAUGAGCGAAGUCUUCAAUUACUGGAUACCAAAGAGCCUAAAUCAGUGCUGUAUGUGAACUUUGGCAGCAUUUGGUCAUUGGCAACUCAGCAAUCUUGCCAGCUGAAUUUGAAGUGGAAACUAAGAAACGUGGAUUUUUUGCAAACUGAUGUCUUCAAGAGGAAGUACCAAGCCAUCCAUGAUCAGGUGGUGGAUUCUCAACAUAUAGUGGUCGGGGUUCAGCUAUGGAGAGCUUAUCUACUGGACUUCCAACGCACAGAUCCAAAUGAUAUCGAGCUAAACUUUGCCAUGGAAGCUGUUGAGAGUGCUGUUAAGGCUCCAACAAUUAUUCUUCAUACUCAUGAUGAAUUGGAGCCUAGUGUUUUGCGAGAUCUCUCAAUGAUACAUCCUUGUGUUUAUGCUGUUGGCCCGUUCCAGAUUUUGCCACCUGAGUUUGCAGCAGAAAUUCAGAAACGUGGCCUUAUUGCACGCUGGUGUCCACAGGAAGAAGUACUCAGUACUCAACCAUCCAUCAGCUGGAGGGUUCUAACUCAUUGCGGUUGGGGUUCAACUAUUGAGAGCUUGUCUGCCGAAGUUCCAAAGCAAUCUGUUUCGGAUGGCCUUUCUUCUAUAUUUUAUCGUGUUUAUGCUAUUGGCCCUUACUAG